CGGAGCCAACGCAAAAGGAUUGACGUUCGAGUUUGCGUUUGGUUUUUGGGGAGGUUUUGUUUGUAUUUAUUAAACAAAUAUCGCAUUCAUAAAUCAAAUCUCGCACAUCCAGGCGUCGUCCGUUUUUCUUCGUGCGAGUACACUUAAGCCCCUUCAAGGCGCCAGGGGUGGCUCCGCUUCGUCCCGUUCUGUGGACACUCCUGUCAGCGCUAGCGGUGAUGAGUUCAGUAAUUCGUGCGCUUAUGCUAAUGGUGGCACUGCUGGCUGGGGCAUCGCUGGCGAUCCAAUGCCCACCGGAGGAUACGCCGGCAGAAGGUGGGCCACGGCGAGUGAUUCUCGACCUGGACGGAGGUGGCGAUGAUGCUUGGGCACUGGUGAUGCUGCUGUCCAACGAGGCACAGUACAACAUUUGCGUGCAGGCCGUCACUUGCUCGCACGGCAAUGCUCGCGUGUCGGACGUGCUGGUGAAUGUGCUGCGCAUACUCGAUAGUAUGGAUCGGCUAGAUGUGCCGGUGUACGUUGGAGCCAGUGAGCCACUCAUUACGCCCGGUCCGAACCGAAACACUUCUCACUAUUUCUGGGGCAACAAUGGCUUUGGAGAUGUAGAGUUUGACAGCCCAUUCGCGGUGGACUCGUUGGUGUCGCUGCAUGCAGUGGAGGCGAUGAACGAACUGUUUGAAAAGUAUCCCAACCAGAUAACAUUGCUCGCUGUGGGACCUCUGACGAAUGUAGCGCUGCUGUACAAAAUGUACCCAGAGACGAGGGAUAAAAUCGGUGACUUGUACAUUCUGGGUGGAAACCGUCACGGUGUGGGCAAUACGGCACUGGCCGCCGAGUUUAACUUCUUUCGCGAUCCAGAAGCAGCCCAUAUUGUGCUGAACAACUCGCCCAAGAUCGUGCGCGUGUUUCCGUGGGAAACGGUCCUGCUGCAGACGUUUACCACCAGAUGGCGCUUCGAGACGUUCAAGCACACGACGAACCCUGCCGUAGAGCUGCUGAACCAGGUGGAAUAUGUAGUGUACGCGCGGGAGGAAAUAUGGACCCCGUGUGAUAUGUAUGUUGCGGCGAUCUUCCUGAACAGCAGCAUUCUCCGGACGGUGAAGACGUAUCGCGCCGAGGUAGAGCUGACGGGCAGGGUGACCAGAGGAAUGAUGGCCAUACUGCAUCACGUGAAAGACAGCAGUCAGCACAAUGUGGCCGUCAUAGAUGAGAUUGAUACGGAAGAAGUGCAGCGCAUGUUGGUCGCAUUAAACCACAAGUAGCAGCUGUAACGUUUGUUGUAGCAAGACGCUGCUAGCGACAGGAUGUGCAACCAUGUAGCGCAAAAAGAAGCAUCCAUUCGUAUCAUUUUUAUGUGCGAUGAAUAAAUUGUACCAGCUACUAAUUAAAUGAUUUACCAUCCGGAACGGUAGCAUGCGAGUGAAUUGUGUAUGCGCUAGUGGAUUCUUUUCAAUUUGUCGCAGCGUCGCUACACAACCCAACAUUCGUUGGAUUAUCACACUGAACGCUUGUUAGCCGGAGGUUUGCAUUUGCUGUGUGUAUGCGCGAAAUAGUUACCUUAUGUCCUGCAGCUACAAAAAUGCACCAGCUAUCUGGUCGCAUGCGAGCUUACCAUGCGAACACGCGUUAACCACGUAAAUUCUUUCAUAUCAUCGAGGUAUUGUUGGUCACGAAACAAGAACCACGCGCGCGCGCGCAAAAAGCGUAAAUUCGUUUUAUCCUUCAGAAAUGCGAUGAUUUACAACGGCUAGAGCUGGAGCAGGAGGAGAUGAUGGGACGGGGAAUUUCAUU